AUGUUGGUGAGUCUUAGUGCUAAAAAUAAAAUGGGAUUCAUCAAAGGAACAAUACCUAUACCAAGUAAGAAUGAUUCCAAACAUCAAGCGUGGCAACGUUGUAAUGAUAUGGUUCUUUCUUGGAUCCUCAAUUCAUUGAGUCCAGAACUUGCCAGUAGUGUGCUCUAUCUCGAGACACCUUCUGAAAUUUGGACAGAUCUACAGGAACGGUUCUCACAAGUUGAAAAGUGCUAUUAUUUGAUUGGAUUUCCUGUUGGACAUAAGCUUCACGGAAAAGAUGUUCAACCUCCAAAUCGAAAUCAUAAAGUUGCUGCUAACCAAACAAGUAGCAAGACUGUUCAUACUACAACUAAAAUACCUAAUCAGUCACUUCAGUUUACCUCUGAGGAGUUAUCUCAAAUCAAGGCCUUACUCCGAAAUGGUAAAAAUUCUUCUAAUGCCAAUUAUACAAGUAUUUCAUCACCUUUCUGCUCUUCUUCUACUUUACACCCUUCCAAAUCUGAUAAUUGGAUUAUUGACAAUGGUGCAACACAUCACAUAACAACUUCAAUGAUCAGUAACAUCCCUAUGUCUUCACAUGUUUCUUUACCUAAUGGAUCUCAGUAA